AUGCUAGCCUUGGCUCUCCUCCACACCCGGAGGGCGCCAGGUGACAUUGGGCUCAUCGGCUUCUCCAGCGCUUUGGGGGCCUGUGCCUCCGCGGAUCAACGCGAAGCCGCCUGCCGGCUGCGGCAGGUGAUGACGGAGGAGGGACUGCGCCCGACGGCGAGCAGCCUCACUGUGAUGGUCGCCGCUUUGGCCGGCAGCGAAGAGCCGGGACACCGGCUGGAGAUCCCGAAGCUGCUGUCAGAUGCACGGAGUGCCGUGCUCGAUCUUCGUGAGCUGCCAGCUGGUGUUUUCCAAUCCCUGAAAAAAGGCCCAUGA